CGUCAGCUGUCUCAAGACGCCACAUUUCCCUCUCCUUUCACUGACACGUUUUCCACAGUCGCCCAAACCAAGCCCCAUGCCUUGAAGCCUCGAUGUUCGCGCAUACGCUACCACCAUGACCGACCCCGUCCAAGCGCCUCCGAGCCCGCGCGACUCCGGAGUCGAGAAACCCCACGAUUCGCCCAUAAGUAGUGUCGCGCAGAUGCCGGAGCCCCGGAAGACGCCAGACAGUUCACCGGCUUUGGAUAUAAAAAGGCUCACGGAUCGCGCGCUGCAUUUCUUGGCAACUGCAAGCAAUGAGACGCUUGGAGCAUGUCUCGUAGGAUUAGGAGCCGGCACAUAUCUCAUACUAGGCCGCGUCGGGCUGGUGCUCAUAGGUGUUGUAGGGGGAGUAGUACUCCAUGCGACCUGGGAGGGGCGUAUGCAGGAUGUAGGCCAUGGUGAGAAGGCGGGCAAGGGUACAGAGGCCAGGAGGCGCGAACUCGGUGUUGAUAUUGCGCAUCGAGUGCUCGACUGGCGAGAGACAAGGACGCAAGGCGAGAGCAAGUACGAGGAAAGCGACUCAGAUUUGAGCCUCAAGCUAUACUCGGGGAAGAAGCUCGACUAUUCAGACUUCAGACCAGAGACGGCAGCCGCCCUUGCAGAGCUGACAGACGCCGUCAUUCGCGACUACGUCAAGUGGUGGUACUCACCCGUCCUACCCACUGAAGAUGCUUUCCCCAACUCGUGCCGCCAAACCUUCACUGCCUUUAUGCUCUCCGUAUCUACGCACCUCUCCCGCAAGCGCCCAGCAGACAACUUCGUCGACUUCGUGACGCGAUCGUCUUCAUUUAUCAUCAUACUACUACAAGAAAUAGCCGCCGCCAUACAAGCGUCACCCGGCGAUGCGCCAACUGAAGCAGUCGACAUCUACCUCAAGAUGAAGCGCGAUAGCACCCUAGCCAACAUACUCGACCCGGACUACCAGAUGAAACAGUUCAGCGUUGCUGCCGAGGAUAUUCUGCAGAACUACUUGGAGCCAAAAACGUACAACUGCAUGCCAGCACGCAUCUUCCUACAUCAAAUACUCGCCAAGGUCAUACUCGAGAUGAUCAUUGUGAGCUGUUCAAAGCCAGAAUGGAUCAACGGCUGGAUCGUCUAUCUUCUAGAAGAUGGCGAGCCAGAACUUAUGGAGGCCAUCGACGCAGGCGUCGAAGGCUCUGCAGGGCAGCUACAGACCGUAAAGAAGAUUGUCGAGAACCAGGCAAGAGCAUCAGAAGAAGGCGCAUCCGCCGAAAGAAGGGAACAUAAGCGCGCGAUGAGUAGGGCCCAAGAAGCCAUGGAUGAGGCGAUGCAGGAGGCACAGCGUCUAAGCCAAAUGAUCGCCGAAGAAGAUGCAAAACGACUCAAGGAACAAAUUAAACAGAGCACAUCGAGUUCAACCCUCAACGACGAUCAGUCAGAGAGCACUACUCAAGGAAUUGUCACCCCAACUUCCUCGCAAAGCGAAACAGCCGCCGAAAAUGAUUUUACAGACCUUGGCAUCUCCGGUCUCUCGGCGCACACGUCGUCACCAGUUGCGCUAGCAUCACCGUCUCAUGAUCCAGAAGAGCGACCAAAGCAAGAGACCAAGAAAGGGUUCACAAGUUUCGACCAACUUGUACCCAACAACCCUCCUACAGCACUGGUGGAUAAUCCACAGCCUGUUGAGAAGCCCCCUGCUCUGACCCUCUACAACAGCACAAUGUCAAUUUUCGACGACAGUAUGCCAGGCGAGAAGGGUACCAUAAAGAACAAGCCCAUUGCGGAGUAUUUGAUACAGAUUGAACCAAAAUCUCAUCACCACUCCGGAUGGAUGACAGCACGGAAGUAUACCGAGUUCGAAACGCUGCACGAAGUCAUACGUCGGAUAGCCGCCAUUACAGGUACAACUGGAUUUACCGAAGCACAUGCUACUUUGCCCACUUGGAAGGGUCACACCAAAGCCUCGUUACGUGGAGAGCUUGAACGCUAUCUGAAUGAUGCCGUGAAGUACAAGCCGCUAGCAGAAAGCGAUGGCAUGAAGCGCUUUCUAGACAAGGAGCUUGGCUCUGGGAAGUCGUCGGGUGGUGGCUUCCCGGGUAUCGGAUGGGCUGGCCAGACUUUCGACACCGUAGGCAAAGGCAUGAUGGAUGUCCUCACAAAAGCACCAAAAGAGGUUGCUGGAGGUGGCAAGGCGCUCUUCGGUGGUGUCACGGGUGUUCUAGGGAGUGUUACUGCCCCUCUUGGAGGAGGAAGAAAGCACCGCGACUCCAUUACAAACGUCACCAACACUACCGCACCAAGUCCAGGCAACGCUAGUCCUAGCCUCAGCCGUACAUCGACCUCAACUGCCCCCAUACAAACACGGCACAACAGAGCAGAAUCAACAGUCUCUGAAUUGCCCAGCCACAUUCGCUCGGAGAGUACUCUAUCUCUAGCACCAAAGCGCACAUCCAUAGAAGCCGUUCGUAACCCCAAUUCACCCGUCAUUGACCAGCAACCACAACGCGAAGCCCCUAUGGAACGUCGACCUUCCUACAACCCGGAUGGUGACGGUAAACGAUCCGGUAUGUCCUCAAGGUACGCCUCACGCAGUAACAGCCGCGCACCGAGCAUGAGGGAGAGCCUAGACGAGUUCAGUCCGGUCUUGGGCGGCGAUCAAAUCCUCAAUCUCCCGCCUAUUCCGAGCGAGAUAUCCGACGACUACGGUGCUGGUUCACCGUGGCGCAACCCGCCCGAUCCAAUGCAGAACCACAACCCAUCGCGUGUAUCCACGACACCUCUUCCACAGCCAAACGAGAUGGUACCACCACUUCCACGCCGGCCAUCUGCAACAUCGAUUCCCACACCCAAUGCGGCGCAACCACCAACCUCAGCAAAAUCUCCACAAAAACCAAAAACACGUGCCACACACACGCCUCUUUCCGAAACCGAAACCACGGUCAUAAUCGAACUCUUCUUCGCCGUAACAAACGAACUUUACACCCUAUCCUCCGCCUGGACACUCCGCCGCACGCUCCUCAAUGCCGCGAAGACAUUUCUCCUACGCCCGGGAAACCCACAGCUCUCCUCCAUCACCAACCUCCUACAGACAACGAUGCUAAACGACAACACGUCUGACGCUGGCUUAGCAUACCAUCUUCGCAAGAUACGGGCCAACUCGUUGCCCACCGAAGACGAGCUGAAAGCCUGGCCCGCAGAAAUGAGCGCGGAGGCGAAAGAGAAACUCCGCGUCAAGGCGCGGAAAUUGCUGGUCGAGAGGGGAAUGCCGCAGGCGCUGACGAGUGUUAUGGGCCAGGCGGCUAGUGGGGAGGCGCUGGGUAAGGUGUUUGAUUGUUUGCAGGAACCACGGGUUGCGCGAGGUGUGAUGUUUGGACUAGUGUUGCAGGCUCUGAGAGCUGUGACACAGUAGUCGAUUGGAUGAUGGAAUUGGGAUAUGGGAACUGAACGAUAAUGAUUGGUGUUGCUUAAAUGAUACUGUAGGAGUAGAAAUACUACAACUUUUUGGCAUAUCGAAAACAAUGGACUUGUAUUUGAUGUAUACAAAGCGCAGGGGGUGUAAAAUGUGUUGAAUUGAAACAUCGUGGC